AUGGAUUCGGCCUCAUCGGACCACUGGCUGCUGAGUAAUAUGGUAGAUGCAGCACCAAAUACCAUCGGAGUCGUUAUUAUCAUUUUCAAUGCGAUCGGCCAUUUCGGUAACUUCAAUCUGAUUUACGCGACGUUCAAGAACCACAAGCUGCAGUCGAAACACGGCUGGCUGCUGGUGAUUCUCUGCUCCGAGCACUCGAUUUGUCUGUGUUUCGAGUUCAUCAAUGUCUACUUCGCCCUGACAGGCAUCCACAUACCCCGGAGUACUUGUCUCUUGUACCUUUCCCCGUACAUCUGUGUCAGUUUCCUUCAAUCUACCACAUUUAUGUCACUUGCGAUAGAUGUUCUGCUCUCCUGCACUUUUGCAGUCAAGUAUCAGAAGUGGCGCACUUCCCGUUACUUGGUACUCCUCACUGUCACCCCCGUUAUACUGCCAGUUGCGUUCCUGAUUCUCCUUUGGAGCAGAGCAACGGGUGAGAUGAUAUUUCUGUGCAAUCCUCCGUUAUCAAUGGACGACAAAUCCGUUAGCAUGUGGGGAGCCUUCGUAACUUCCAUAAACAUGCUGAUUCUCAUCGUUUAUGGCUACGUCUAUUUCCAUGCUCGCGACCAAUGUGAGCAUUUUCAGUUCAUCGUAUUUUUCACAUCCAAUCAGUUAAGGUAAGAGGACGAGCGAUGCGCGCAACACUGAGAAAGUGAUGAGAUCGAUGACGAUUCUGGUUCUGGUCUUCUGUUUUUCGUGGGUCACUUGCAUGGGAUCAGUCUUUCUCAUCGAGUACAUCACUUCAAAUUCCUUGCUCAUUAUGCUUAUACGAAGUUAUGCAGUUAGUUGA